GGCCCGGUUGCCUUGCUCACUCACUGUCGCCGCUAACCACUGCUUCCUCUGCUCCGCACCCAAAUCUCAGAUCGAGCCCCGCAAGUCAACCGCCGAUGGCCGCCUCCACCGGCAGCCGCCGCUUCAAGAUCUUCGCGGCCGCCGACGGCUUCGGGGAGCCGCUCAAGGACGCCGUCGUCGCGCACCUCCGCGCCCACUCCUCCGUCGCCGACGUCGUCGACCUCGGCGUCGACAAGUACUACUCCGCGGCCGCCGCCGUCGCCCGCAGCGUCUCCUCCUCGGUCCCCGACCCCGCGCUCGAGCCCCGCGGCGUCGUCGUCUGCGGCACCGGCGCCGGCGUCACCAUCUUCGCCAACAAGUACCCCGGCGUGUACGCCACCCACUGCAGCUCCGCCGCCGACGCCGUCAACACCCGCUCCAUCAACGCCUGCAACGUCCUCGCCCUCUCCGGCAUGGCCACCCCGCCGGAGGCCGCCGCGGUCAUCGCCGACGCCUGGCUCGCCACCCCCUUCCGCGCCCCCUGCCCCGCGUCCGGCGACGCCCCUUGGCCGGAGGACAUUCAGAAGUUCUUUGACGUUGCCCCCGGCGAGAUGGCCUCCAUCCCCGAGGGAUUGGCGGCCCCUCCUGCGCCGGACUCCGCCUGCGCCAUCUGCUGCCUGAGGAAGGGGAUGGAGUUCGAGCCGGUGGACAUCAUGCCCGGCGGCGAGAUGCGGAUUGUGCGGGAGAGCCCCACUUCGGCCUACGUGCGGUUCAAAGCUGGAAGCGUGGAGCCGGCCCACCACCACACCUUCGGCCACGACCUGGUGGUGAUCAAGGGCAAGAAGAAGGUGUGGAACUUGACCAAGAAGGAGAGCUAUGGCCUCGUCGACGGGGACUUCCUGUUCACGCCUGCUGGGGACGUGCACCGUGUCAAGUACUUGGAGGACACGGAGUUCUUCAUCCGCUGGGAUGGGCACUGGGACAUAUUCCUCGAUGAAGACCUCGAGACCGCACGCAAUGCCAUCGAUGCAGAGCUCGGUGUGAUCGACAGUGACAAGUGAGGAGGGCAUGGUGAUGCGCCUGGAUGAGUUAUCUUGAGGAGACAUGUGAAGGUUGGUCUUAUAUGAAAAAACAGGUCAAGCAUACGGCAGAAAGUUCAUUGAAGGUGAUGUAUUUAGUGGCAGUUUUCCCUUGUUAUUAUUUCCAAAUACCUGCUAAAAUCUUAGGGCACUCAAAAUUAAACAUAUUAUUAGUUAUUAUCCAUGUAUAUCCCUCGGCUGAAUUUCAUGUAUUUGUGCUGAAUACAUGAUUGCUAGUACGCCAUGGACCAAAGUAGUAUAUUUAACAUGAUGUACUAAUAUAGGUUCUAAAGCUCUAAAAUCACAUAUGUGUGUUUGUAUGCAGUGGCGGAGCCACCUCCCGGCUACCCGGGGCAGCUGCCCGGGCUCAACCAUGCAUUCUCUUUUGAACAAUAGCACUAAAUGGAGGGCUAACCAUCAUUUUGUAGGGGCAAACAACACACAAACAACAACACCGUGUACUUUGCCCCGGCUCGCAGGCCGAGCUGGCUCCGCCACUGUUUGUAUGCCUGCACCGAGGAGGUCAUGAGUAAAUUACUGGAUUGGUUGGUACAGUUUUAAUAGCAGAUGAUGUUGGCUAAACUGGCCAAUUUGCUGCUAA